AUGAACACCGAGCGGCUGCUUGGGCACGCUCUGUACCUGGGCCACCUGGGCCACGUGACGGCCCUGGCCAACCAUUGUGCGGCGCUGCGGGCGUCGCAUGGGGACGACCCGCUGCUGGCACUGCUGGGCGGCGUGGCAGCGGCGGCUGUGGGCGAGGCCACCGACGCCGUGAGGACGUUGACACCCCUGGAGCGGAGUCAUGGACUGGCCUUAGCUGCCCAUGUUGGACUGGCCUAUGCCCAUGCCCAUGCUCAGUUUGUCGACACCGACGCUGUUCAGCACCAUGUGGCCGCCAUCGAGCAUGCCGCCGCAGGCGCCGACUCGGAAGCCCGCGCCACUGCCGUCGUCGCCGCCCUUGUCCUCCGCGAUAUGCAGGUCGCUCGCUCGCUGGUUGAUCCUCUCCGUGCAGGUGCUCCAGGCGGCGGCCUUCUGGACUGGCUCGGCCUCCCGGCCUGGGUCGACCUCGCCGCCGCCUCGGGCCGCUCUGCCCUGCUGGAGCGCGCGCUCUCAGCCUUUCGCGCUGCUAUCACCAACGCAGCGUCGGGCGGAGGCGGGUUUGGCUAUCCGGCGCUUGCCGCCGUGGGCAAGGCCAUUGUCGAGGUUGCGCUCGGCGCAGCGGAUGAUGCGCUCGACUCGCUCAACGCCGCCACUCUCGCCGCGCCUUGGACACCUGCGCCGGUGCUUGAGAAGGCUCACGCACUGGUAGCGCUUGGCGAGUGGGAACAGGCGGCAGAGCAGGUGGCCUCGCUCUCGGGCUCGUCGCUUGUUGGUCCUGCGGCUGCGGUUCUUGACGCUGUUAUUGCGCUCGCAUCGCGCGGUGGCGGUGUGGCCCGUCUCAAGUCGCAACUCGGGGGAGUGGUCUCGGCGCUCAUCGAGGCCGAGGGCGGCAAUGGCCGGCUGCUGGCGGCGGCAGGCGCCGAGCUUGAAUCGCUCAUUCCCGACUCGGCUCCGCGGCUGCUGAAGCGGACGACGCCGCUGUUUGAGGCGGCAGUCAAGGCCCAGAGCCACGACACGCUGUUGCUCGGCUCGUUUGGGCGCCACUGCCUCCGGCUCGGCGACUGCGCCAAGGCCGAAAAGGCCUUCCGUAAGUCGAUUAAGGUCGACGAGGGCAACGUCGCUUCGCUUUACGGCCUCAUCCUUACCCAGCUGGUGAGCGGCAAGAUCGACGAGGCAGCGACUCAGCUCGCGUUCCUCAAGCAGGUCCAGGGCUCGCUCGCCGACGCUACCCAUGCUACUCACGACCUUCCGGAUCCGAUGCUCUCCUAUCUUUUGCGCUCCAUGGCUCGCUCUCGGCGGCGCCGCCAUCUCGAGGCUGUCAACAGCCGGCCGCGGACCCGCGAGGCGUUGUCGGCGCUGGACCCCUGGCUCACUAUGCGCAUUUUCACCGCCUACCUCGAGUUUCUCGGCUCGGAGCCGCGCGAUACGACCGAGCCGCCGUCGCCGCUGGUGCCGCAAGCUACCCGACUUGUCGAGACGAUCAUGCGGCGACUGCCGGCAUACGCCGACGCGGUCCUUGGCCUUGCACGACUGCGGUUUGUUGACGGCGCGGUUGACAACGCGGCUGGCCUUGUCCAGCAGGCGCUUAGCCUCGACGACAGCGCAGCCGAGCCGUUCCUUCUCCAGGCACACAUCCACGUCAAGAACGGCAAGGUGCAGGCAGCGUCGCAGGCGCUCGAGCGCGCGCUUGCGUGCGACUUUCACAUCCGCGACACGCCGCAGUACCACCUUGUCGAGGCCGCCAUUUGCGUGCUCACCGAUGACUACGCCGGCGCUUUGGAGUCUCUCGACGCGGCGAUGAAGCUGCCGGGCGUGCGCGUCGGGAGCGAAGCAAGCGCCAAGACACCUGUUGCGCUCCAGGACCGCAUUGCCAUUUACGUCGAAGCUGCGCUUGUGCGUGCCAAGAGCGGGGCGGUUCACGAGGCGACCAAGAUGAUGCAGGACGCCGUCCACGCCUUUGGCGGCACGCUUCUUGGUAACGUGGUCGCCAUUGCUGGCGCCUCGCUUGAGGUGCUGCGAGGCAGCGUGGCCAACGCGCUCGGACUCCUCGGGCGGGCUGACCCAGACAAGCCGCACUACAUCCGGGCCAAGACGGUGGAGGCGCAGCUGUAUCUGACGGAGCUCAAGGACCGCAAGCAGUACAUCAAGACGUACAAGGCGAUUGCGGCCGAGUCCAACUCGGUCCAGGCUUACCUCAUGCUCGGCGACGCGUACGUGGCCAUUCAAGAGCCACUCAAGGCUAUCUCGGUCUAUGAGUCAGCGCUCAAGCUCGAGCCGGACAACUAUCAGCUGGCGGCCAAGAUUGGGAUGGCGCUAGUCAAGACGCACGACUAUGCCAAGGCUAUCGAGUACUACUCGAGCGCAGCCAAGUCAUCGCCGCACUCACUGGGCCUUGCCUACGAGCUGGCGGCGCUGCAUGCCAAACUCCGCGACUACGACGCGGCUCUGGACGCAGUCGAGGCGGCGCUGGGCGCCGCCGAGGACGAGGGUGACGACGUGGCCGCGGCGAUUGUUGCAGUCAAGCUCCGGGUGCUCAAGGCCUCGGUCCAUAGUCAGAGCAACGAGCUUGACGUGACACUUGGCGAGCUUGACACGGCACGAUCGGCGCAGGCGAGUCUGCUGCACCGACUGGAAGCCGAGUCGCCGGACGCGCUCGCCGAGCAGAAUCUGAUGAUGGCGGAGAUUUGUGUGGCCAUCGCCCAGCACCACGCCACGUUGCAGGACGCCGACGCAGCGCUGUCGAGCUACGAAGAAGCACUGCGGCACGCGCCGCACAGUCCGGACGUUCUGGUGCAGCUCGCACGGCAGCAUCUUCGGCUAGGUCACCACGAUGAGACGCGGAAGGCAGCGCUGGCGCUGCUGCAGCUCGACGCGUCGCACGAGGAGGCGUCGAUGAUGCUCGCUGAGCUCAUGUUUGCAGACCAGGACUACGACCAGGCGAUCUACCACUUUCAGGAGAUUCUCGAGGCCCAGCCGCAGCACUGGACGGCGCUUGGGCGGCUGAUUGACCUGUUGCGGCGGGCGGGCAAGCUCGACCAUGUACAGGCCUUCCUUGACCAGGCAGUGUCAUCGAGCUUUGAGGCGCGGUCGUCGCCAGGCUACGCACGGGCGUGCCAAGGCGAUGAUGCUAUCAACAAGGCACGGACGGCAUCCGAGUUUCGCGAAAAGGCGCUCGAGGCCAUGGUCAUUAUCUCGCUCAACCCGGAGGGGUUUGUCUCGCUGGCAGGGCCUGUGGCGGCGUUCGAGCCGUCGACGGGCCAUCGGAACCGGCUCUCGGGCGAUGCGCUGAUGACGGCGCAGGCGCUGCUCGACGAGCUUGAUCUGAUGUACAGCGCCAAGUCGGAGCCGCUACCGGCGCGGCUCGACGUGCUGCGGGCGUAUCUGCUUCUGGCGUCAGGGGAGGAGGCCGAGGCCGCAGCUCUGGUGGCCGACGUCCUCGCGGAGCAGCCGAGCCACCCGGGAGCGCUGACGUGCACGGGCGUGAUGGCGCUGCGCAAGAAGCAGCUUGGCGAGGCAAAGAGUGCGCUUGAGCAGGUUGUCGCACUGCCGUAUCUUGCGGAGGAGGCUGACGCGUUUGACACAGCUUUUCUCCUGCUGGCCGAUGUGUACGUGAGCGGACACCAGCUCGACCAGGCGUCAGAGCUUGUCAAGCGGGCGCUCUCGUUCAACGGCUCGCUGAUGAAAGGCUGGGAGUUCCUCGGAUACAUCCACGAGAAGCUUGACGCGUUUGUGGAUGCUGCCGAGUGCUACCGGUCAGCGUGGGAGCUGAGCAACGGCACGGCACUGGGCGUGGGCUACAAGCUCGCGUUCAACUACCUCAAGGCCGAGGCGUGGAUCCCCGCUGUUGAGAUUUGUCACGCUGUGCUCCGGGUUGACCCCGAGUACCCGCAGAUUCGCAAGAGCAUCUUGCGGGUGGCACGUGAGCAGCUCAAGCCGUAGUUUGCGAGUUGAAGGAUGUGUUUGAUGCGCAUUGGCUGCCGGUGCGGAGAAGGCGGCUACUUGCGGCGCCAGAUGCCGAGGUGGGCGGCGACAAACUCGUACUUGCGGAUGUGCUCGCGAAUGACAAAGGGGAUGUCACCUGACGAGACGAGCUCAAACGAGGAGUCAAGGGCAUCGGUGAGAGCCU